UCCGCGGGCGGUAGAGCUCAGGCUGUACUAUGGCGAGUUCGGCGGCGUCGUCUGUUCGGGCGCCGCGGCCCAAGAAGGAGCCGCAGCCGCUCGUCAUCCCCAAGAACGCAGCCGAGGAGCAGCGGCUCAAGUUGGAGCGACUUAUGAAGAACCCGGACAAAACUGUUCCUAUUCCAGAAAAAAUUAAUGAAUGGGCUCCAAGACCGCCUCCUGAAUUUGUCAGAGAUGUUAUGGGUUCGAGUGCUGGUGCUGGCAGUGGGGAAUUUCACGUUUACAGGCAUCUUCGGCGCAGAGAGUAUCAGAGGCAGGACUUCAUGGAUGCCAUGGCUGAGAAGCAAAAAAUGGAUGCAGAAUUCCAGGAGAGACUGCAGAGGAAUAAAGUGACGGCAGAAGAGCAAACUGCGAAACGUCGGAAGAAACGUCAAAAGCUUAAAGAAAAGAAGUUACUGGCUAAGAAGGCUAAGCAGGAGCAGCAGAAGCCCAAAGAAGGCUCUGACCAUUCUCAAGAGCAUCCAUCCAGUGACAGUGAAGAAGAGGAGGAGGAAGAAGAGGAGCAGCCCAGCUUCGUGGUGGGGAGAUAAUGAUGGCAACGGCAGCCGCUGUGUGUGCACCGGAACAGCCCUGGGUACGAAGGGCCGAGUGUCCUGUUCUCCUGAGACCUGCGCCUUGGGAGAGACGCCUCGAAUGGGCUCCCAGCCCGGACUGGUCACGGCAUGGCCGUGCAGUCUGACCAAGCAUGUACUGGACCUGUGUUUGCCCUAGACCGGCACCUCCUGCCAAUGUGGGGCGUCCCGGGGUUCUCUCAGGCAGGGUCCUCCCUAGUGCCAAAGUGGCUGCGUGAAAUGCUGUGAAAUGACUUCCUGCUCGAGGGCCAUAUUUUCAGGCUUCUCGACAGCGACAGGGCUCAGCAGUCCGUUUCUCUUGUACAAAAAGGGCAGAAGAGUCCGUGGGCUUUGUUUAGAUGCAAUAAACGGCUAAGACAAAAGUCAUCUGUCCCGGGUGCUGUGUGCCCAGACCGUGCUGAGAGAAGGCCAGCCAGGGGAGAGCUGCGAACCCCUCGCUAGAAGCUGAUGGAGAGAGGGGGGAGGAGCCCCCCACUCCUCACCCAGGAGCCCAGAGCCUGCUUAACAGAGAUGGAGAGGAGGUCUGCCGGUUAAAAUGGGCUUUUUUAAAGUCUCAAAUAUUUU